UCAACCUCUGAUAAAGCGUAAUGUAGUGAGAUAAGUUAUAUAAAGCGCACCAGGCUCAUCUUUAAUUUAGUGUCAGUUAGUACAAUUUGUCGCUCACUCGUAAUAUCAAUCUUAUGAAAUUAAUCGUUAAUUUCGUUAAUAUAAAUAAAUAGUAACAUUUAAUAAGAUAUUAGUAAAUUUUGUGAAGCAUUAGUAAAUUGCAUCAAAAUUCACGCUUAUAUCAAUAUAUUAAUAUAAUUAUAUAAUAUUAAGAAAGAAAAAAUGGAUCAGAAUAAGAUGAGUGUCACAUUAAGUGAAGUGAAUAAUAAAUUCACGGAAGAAGUGCUGAUAAAUAUUCUCUCUAAAGUAAGCAAUGGGAAAAAGGUGCAACUGACGAAAUGGAAUUUUAAUGAGGGGUCUGCUAAAGGCGACAAUUAUUUGUCAAUUGUCUACAAGGGCAAAGUGUAUGGAAUUACCGACGGCGAUCCGAAGCAACAUGUGCAAGCGAAUGUUGUUGUGAAAUCGAUGCCAAAAAAUCCUGGAACGAGGAAGACUCUUAGAUGUGCAGAUUUCUUCUCUAAUGAAAUUAUUUUUUAUACGCAGAUUAUCUCCAAAUUUGAAAACUUCUUAGCGGAAAAGAGACAAAGUGAUCUAUUAUGCAUACCACGUUAUAUAAUCUCUUCCACAGAUAGCGAAAACGGUUUUCUAGUCUUGGAAGAUGCCUCUUGCUUAGGAUUUCACUCCAUAACGCGACACGACUGCCUGGACUGGACAGAAUGUUCGGCUGUCUUGAAAACACUGUCCAAAUUUCACGCGAUCUCAUUUGCGUACAAAGACCAAAGAAAGGACGAGUUCGUAGAAAUAAGAGAUUCUUUAAAAGAAACCUUCUUCGGUCCUGAACACUGGAACUGGUACAAAGGAUUUCACGAAAAAAUACGGGUUUUGAUUAAACACGCAUUAGCUACCGAAUAUCCCAACAGUAAGGCUGAAAAACGAUACAAUUCUUACGAAUCUAACGCUCUUUUCGACAAGUGCACGGAAUUAUGUAAGAGAGGCGACGCUCCUACAUCUGUCAUAGUCGAAGGCGAUUGUUGGGGGCCGAAUUUCUUAUUUCGCGACAUUGGGCAAAAUCAAAAGCAGGCGUUGAUGCUCGACUUUCAGCUCGCACGUUGCGCGAGUCCUAUCAUAGACCUGUCGUUUCUAAUUUACGCUUGCACCCUGAAGUCAUUUCGUGAUCAGUACUUCGACGAGCUAUUAAAAUUCUAUCACUCCGAAUUGAGCAGUGCCAUUAAAUUACUCGGAUCCGAUCCCGAGAAGCUUUAUCCUUGGGAUUUGUUUAUGAAAGAGGUGCAGGAGCAAUUCGUAUUUGGUGUGUUCACUUCGCUUGACGCUAUCGUGCUGUGCCUGGUGGACGUGUCCGAGUCAUUCAGCAUAGACACCGCUGUUAAGGGCGAUCAGGCAGUAGAUAUCAGUGACGGGGUGACAUUUUCCAUCGCAACAGCAAGCGAAAGACGAAGAAUAGCGGACGUGAUAGUUCACGCCGUUGAAAAAGGAUACAUAUGACGCGCGGAAGUUUUCGCUGUAAUAUCAUUGCCCGCCACGUGAAACAAUUAAAAUAACUAAUGAAUAGUAUUAGGAUUCAUUGUAAUUUUUUUGCGACGCCUGUAAAGUAAUCCGCACUAACUAGAGAUAGAGGAAACAUUGUCAAUUCUUUGUUUCCUAAAUUCUUAUAAAGUAUUUUUUAAGUAUUAACUGUUACUCAAAUCAAGAAUAUAUUUCCUUCGAAAUAUAUUCUUUGUUAUUUUAAUGAUACUUUAAUAACAGCGAAUUAAAAUAUUACUUAAAAGCAACGUUUACAUAGUAUGUUUCUAAUAGGCAAUCUUUCAGCAUUCUUUUCUUUUGCAUUUCGAGGCAAAGUGUAUUGCAAAUUUCAAAGUUUCUUAGAACGCCGUGUAAGACAAUUUUUUAAAUCGUCGACUAAUCGAUUGCACAAAUGCAAUUUUACUCUGUAAAAAUAAAGUUUUAAAAAACACUUUGAAAAA